GCCGAACUCCAUUGAUGCGGCCCUGCGGCGAUUCGGCCGCUUCGACCGGGAAUUGGACAUUGGGGUCCCCGACGACAACGGCAGGCUGGAGAUCCUGCGCAUCCAUUGCAAGAACAUGAAGCUGGCCACGGAUGUCAAGCUGGAGGAAGUGGCCUCCAACACCCACGGCUUCGUCGGUGCUGACCUGGCCCAACUCUGCACGGAAGCUGCGCUUACGUGCAUCCGAGAGAAGAUGGAUCUCAUCGACUUGGAGGAAGAGACCAUCGACGCGGAGAUCCUGGACUCGAUGGCCGUGUCCCAGGAGCACUUCAAGUCUGCGAUGGGCAGCGUGAACCCCUCCUCCUUGCGCGAGACAGUGGUGGAGGUGCCCAACAUCAAAUGGGACGACAUCGGUGGUCUUGAAGACACGAAGAGGUCCCUGCAAGAGACGAUCCUCUACCCAAUCGACCACCCGGAGUCUGGCCAGAAUUUGGUAAGUCCACCGGGCUGUGGCAAGACGUUGCUGGCCAAAGCUGUGGCCUCCGAAUGCUCCGCCAACUUCGUGAGCAUCAAAGGCCCGGAGCUCCUCACGAUGUGGUUCGGCGAGUCCGAGGCCAACGUGCGCGAGGUCUUCGACAAGGCCCGAGCCGCAGCUCCGUGCGUGCUGUUCUUUGAUGAGCUGGACUCCGUUGGCGUGGCCCGUGGCUCCACUCAGGGCGAUGCCGGCGGCGCGGGCGACCGCGUGAUGAACCAGCUGCUCACAGAGAUCGACGGCGUGGGCGCGAAAAAGAACGUCUUCUUCAUCGGGGCCACCAACCGACCGGAGCUGCUCGAUGAGGCGCUCCUACGUCCAGGUCGACUGGAUCAGCUGGUCUACAUUCCUCUUCCGGAUCUUCCUGCCCGGCAAAGCAUCCUCGAAGCUACGCUGAAGAAGUCGCCCAUCGCGCCCAAUGUCCCGCUGUCCUUCAUCGCGCAGAAGACCGAGGGCUUCAGCGGUGCGGAUCUGGCGGAGCUCUGCCAGCGUGCCGCCAAGGCAGCAGUGCGUGAUGCGAUCGCUGCAGAUGAGCUUCGGGCAGGUGAUGACGAUGCCAUGGAUACGCAGAUGGGCUCCGAGAUCGGUCGCAAGCACUUCGAGGAAGCCUUCGCCGGGGCCCGCCGAUCCGUCGCUGGGUCGGACCUGGCAAAGUACGACCAGUUCCGGAAGAAGUUCGACCCAGUUUACAUGAACUCGAGUGCCGGUGGAGGGACCGGAGUCGUCAUCAACUGGCCGGAUGAUGUCGGAAUCGGAGCAACCGCAGCAGCCGCCGAUGACGAUGAUGACCUGCACCCUCGGCCGAGAUUGAGCAGUAAUUUGUUUUGGAAUAAUUUAAACUCCAGUUUCGAGUAG